AUGCAACAGGUUCAACGAAAGCCCAUAGCGUCAACCUCUUCCCUUGCUGCCAAUGCUCAGUUUGAAAAUCACGAGCAAAAUGUCAGCAACCUAUCAUAUGGGUCCAAUGUGGAUUCGAAAGAGCCCAAACACAACCAGAAAUGGUGGCCAUGGGCCAAGACGCCAGAAGAAAAGAUACAAGCAAAUUAUACGUCAAGAUUCAGCGGAAAGCCAGGCUUCAAGCGACUUCGUAGAGUCUACCAUCCUCACCCUCAGCCGGGACUGGACCCUGAGAAGCUUCGUGGGAACGAGGCUGAAACAGGGGACUGGGAGACAGACAAAGGAGAAGUGGUCAAAAUCGAUGGAAAGUAUGCGUACCGCAAUGAAUUCCACCAAAUCUCGCGAAAGUUUGAGGACGUAGCUGUCUACCUCAGUCCGACAAAUUACAUACCCCGACGACUGGUAGUCCAAGCCACUCGACAUGUUCUCAAGAACAGACUUGGCACCGGUGACUGGAUACGUGCCGGUGUCAGUGGCAACGUCCCCUUAGUGCUAAAAAUUGCUGAAUGGGCCCUUGGUCCAUUUGCAAAACCCGGAUUCCUCCACAAGUUGGACGGCGGAGUCCGCAUGCUUGCAGUUGCUGUUCCUCUUCAAAUCAUGCUUGCGAUCCCCGGAGUAUCGUCUUGGGAAGACGUUGAAACCGCCGAUACGUAUACCGACUACUCGGGUUAUUAUUGGGAUUGGCCAAAAUAUGCCAUCAACUAUCUGGAUAUGGCGCCCGGCACUGACGCCUUGGCCAAGCAAGAUCCCGAUUUUGAUGUGAGGCGGAGAUCGAUACGUCCCAGAUGGCUCGUUGCCAAGAAGGGCAAUGAAUGGAUUACAGUGGAUGGGAGAGUUGAGGCUAGCCUGAAGUAUGUUUUCAUCAGUUAUGCUUGGGUGCAGUUCGAGAAGUCUGGCGGCAGUGACAGAGUCCGCCGCAUGGCUCAGAAUAUUGCAGAACAGCAAGGCUGUAGCGCGUAUUGGCUUGAUGCGCAACUCGUCGAAAAAGAAGACGGAGAUGUGAAAGAUUACGAUGUUUAUACAAUGUGUGAUAUUGUACGAGGAGCCACCGCAGUUGCUGUGAUGCUUGGAGAAAACACCCUUGAAGCCAAAGCAAGUUGGGGCAAGAGGAUGUGGACUCUUCCCGAAGGGCUCCUAGCCCCUGGCGAUGACUUGCUGUUCUGUUUUGAGGAUAGUCAAGGCAUGUUGCAGACAGACACCAUCCACAAAGUCGAGAUGACUGCCACCUUUUGGACGGAACAAGACGGCCGAGACGAUCAUGAGGGCGGUAGCGCUACUCGACUACUGGCCGAGCAUUUCGCUGGACUUCUCACCCUGAGUCGCCUCGAGAUGCUUCCGGCCUCGAUCACGGCACUCAACUACAAGAUGAGGAAUGAGUUCACAGGCUCUGACUUGGCAUACGCGGUCAUGGGCCUUCUGCAUUACCGCAUCGAGCGUAACGACGGUGACACACUCUUUCAAAACCUCGCUCGCCUGUCGCUUGGUAAUGAUAGCGAUCAGCUUAUCGAGAGAAUGAUAUCUCUUCUCCCUCAACCUCAGCCAAUCAUGACACAAACUGGCAUCAAGACAACUACUGACCGCCCUCUUUUUGAGGUUCUUUCCGAAAGAGACCAGUUUGAGACCCUCUUGUAUCACGUCACGCCCCUUUGUGACGUUGUCGGUGUCGCCAACGAAGACGAAACCGUCAUCUUAGACAACUGCCGUGCCAUCCAUAUCCGCUGGAAGGACUUCCCACAGGCCAUCGUCCAGCGCAACUACGGCUUCAAGAAGCUCUUUGCGGCAUUCUUCGUUGCCGCUGGACUUGGCUGGCUGGUCUUCGGAGUACAGCUGGCCAUCACAUACAUACCUUUUUGGGUUGGCUUUAUUGACCAGGUCAAAACCACCUUCAUUGCCUGGUUAGUGAGCGGUUUUCUGUUCAUUGGCCUUCUGCUCUCCGCCUUCGCGCCCGUAUCUGUCCGUAGGCUAUUCGGCGGGACAGUGCUCAAAAGCAGUCCGAGUCUAGUCGGCUUCGAGGGGGUCAUGAAGAUCCAGGAGCUUGAGAAGAUUGUCUUCGGUAACUGCACUGGUCGCCUCACAUACGCGCCGUCGGCCACCCCUUUUGCACGAUACAGUCGUCAUCCGAGAGAAAGACGAGGCACCGAACCUGAGUGGAUCAAUCAGCCGGAGCUCAUUGCUCAGUCGCUACCUAUUGGUCAUCAGCUCUUCACCCUGGUGGACAUGGGCGAGUUGAGCGUCUCUAUAUUCUCGGCGGAGCGACCACCGACCGUCGCGUUGCUCACCGGCCGGGAGGGAGGCAUGCUGCGAGCCGUUCUUUGUAGCUGGCGUUUCGAGAAUGACUGCCUUUACAGGGAGACGGUCGUGCGGAUGCCUUCGAGAGUGUAUGAGGCUGCAACAGCAAAGGGCUGGCUGAAGCUGUCGCUGCGGACUCAAGAUCAAGCGCGGAGAAUGAGAUUGCAGCAGUAA